CGUUCCUCUGUUUUUCUGAGUGCCACUUGUCUGAAACCCAGACGCAUCCCACGUAGGUGGGGGGUAAAGCAUUACUACCAGGCAGGGGGUAAUUAUUUAAAUCGCAUAUUAAUGCCUCGCUGUCACGGACAAUCUUCGGUGUUCUGUAACAGAUGCAAAACGGAUAUGUCGCACUGUUUGUUCUCACGCCGAGAUCAAGUUUCCGUUACUCGGUUCUCAGGAAUGUAACGUUGUAUCAUCGUUACUUUGUUCCCAAUAUCCCGCCGCCUCGAGCGCUGCUGGCCAGAUGGCAGCUCGCGGUAAUCUCUUUAGCACUGCGCGCCGCAUGUUCUGAAUGAGAGAGGUAAGACAGAGGGAGAGAGAGAGAGAAAAAAAGAGGUUAGCUUUGUCAAGUUCAGUUGUACUGGCAUUCAGCUUUUCAGGAGAAGUGAGUGGCUGGGAAAAGACGGACAAAACAGCUCAAGUCAUGUUUGCUAAGGAUUCUUUUUUCUGCUGGAGCGGUGUCUGCCAUGGCUGACAGACAGGUGUGUGGAGAAACACAGGUAGCGUGUUUUGUCCGACUCGUGCCAGAGCAACAAGUUGAAUGUUUGUUGACGCUGCACUUGCUGAUGGGGAUAGAGCUUUGUGCUGGGAACCAACAGCGACAGAUUGUGAAAUCCUACCUAUCAUGUGAAGGCUUUGGCUGUGGUUCGUGUGUGGGUUUGUGUGCGUGAGGGACGGAGACAGUGUAACAGAGAGCUAAGCUUCGUAGCCUCACCCAAGGGGCACUGGCCUGUGAAAAAAAAAAUGUCCCUGUAACCCUGGAACCAUGAAACCAUGACAGUCAUCACUUAUUCAAGCGCUGCUGGAAGGCUUCUGAAAGAAAUCCAGGUUCUUGGACAUCCCUCUGCCUCUGGGAAUGUUCCAGAAUGCCUGUCUGAGAUUCUUGAACCUUGGGCCAUGCUGGACCCCGUGGAAAAUCUCACAGUAGGAUCUUGUGGGGUCAGAGGCCGGAGAUGGAUUGAAGAGAAUGAAGACUGGAAAACUGAGGGAGGAGCAUCGAGGGGAAAUUUGCAAAGGAAGAGGCAAACAUGGGGAAGAGGAGUUGGGAGAGAGAGCAUGAAGAGAGGAGGGAGAGAGGAGCUGUGCAAUUUAUUGAAGAGGGUAAUUAGAAAAGAUUCAAAAGGAAGUUGGACAAACGGGGUAAAAGGAAAAGACAACAGCAAGACAGAUGUCUCAGGGAUUCUGUCAGCUGUAAAGACAGAAGGUGAGAUCGAGCAAUGGGAGAAAAUGAGGAGGAAAAGACAGAGCUGGCCUUCCAUUCUUUGGCUGUUUGUCCUGAAGAAGACAACUGAAGAGGAGGUGAAGAGAGAGAAAAACAUUGUGGGGAUGAAGGGGCAUCAUUUCUUCCUCUGGUUAGCUCUCCUCGUCCUCAGCCUGUGUCUUAAACCUGCUUCAUCACAGGGAAAUUUCCCACAAAUGGAGAACAUUGCUGCCUUCAAACCUGUGUCCAUCUCUCCACCUCGCUCCACCUGUGGGGUUCCAGAGCGGAGCAGCUACUGUCAGUUACCGUCCUCCCAGGCUAACCUGCUGACAUGUUAUCAGGCCUUCUGCAUCCAGGAGUGUCCCUACAGAUCCUCCACACCUCCAUAUGCCCCACUGCUUCUACCUGCACAUAGGGGUACCUGUGUUACUGAAGACAGUCAUGACACUCAUCCUGGGACAGAGACCGGAACCACGACCAGUUCAGAGGGGGUCUCUGGUGAAUCCAGUAGCGUGCUGUUUCGGCCAGUCACGGAUGGAUGUCUGGUCUCACCCCCCUCACAGAGACUAGGAGCGAUGGGUUCACUCACGCUGGCACUGUGGAUAAAACCAAGCUCUCCUGGAGAGAUGAUGCUGCUGGAGAAGAGCUCAGGAGGGAGGCUGGUCUUUUCUGUGACAGUGUCCGAGCAGGCGGUCACCCUACACUACAUUCAAUCCAGAAGUCAGACUUCUCUAACUGUCCGCUUUAGAACCGAGGGCAGGCUUGUACUAGAGAGAUGGACACACCUUGUUUUGCAGGUCCAUGACAAACGUGUCAGUCUGUUCCUGGAUGGGCUUGAGGAGGAUGGGACACCAUUCGACACACGACCUCUGUCUGCCAGACUCUUUGAUACCAGCGAGGAUGGUGCCAUGUGGGUGGGACUCGGCUCCAAUGGCUCUAAUCAGUUCAUUGGGCGAAUGCAGGACUUUAGAUUUUAUCCUGCCACUCUGACCAACAGGGAAAUAGUGGAGGUGUACUCAGGAGUUCUGCCUGAGCUCCAUGUCCAGUCAGAGUGUCGCUGUCCUCCCAGUCACCCCAGAGUACACCCUUUGGUUGAGAGAUACUGCAUUCCCAAUGCUGUUGAGGACACCACCAAUGACAGAGUCUUAAGACUGAACCUAAACGCUCAUGCACUCAGUUAUGUCAAUGAUCAGGACAUGGGCACCACAUGGCUAUCUAAGAUCAUGACCACACAGGAACUGGAUGAAGGAGUCACUAUUACAGUGGAUUUGGCUAAUGGACAAUAUCAGGUAUUCUAUGUCAUACUUCAGUUUGGCGGCCUCUUGCCUGAAUCUGUUCUGAUCCAAAGACGGAGGCUUGACCUCACAAAGCUUGAGAAUGGAACCACCACAGAACAGCCCUGGUUAGACUGGCAGUAUAUGGCCAGAAACUGCAGUGUGUUUGGAAUGCAGAACAACGGGCCUUUACCGAGACCAGACUCGGUCAACUGUCUGCAGCUGCCCAGCGAUGUGUCCUUCUCAGGCGGUAACAUCACGUUCAGCCUGCUGACCCCACAGCCAAACCUGAGGCCAGGCUACAAUGACUUCUACAACACUCCUGCACUUCAGAAAAUGGUACAUGCCACGCAGGUCAGGAUACACCUGAGUGGACAGUACCACACCAGAGCAGCUGGGGUGAACCAGCGACACAGAUAUUACACCAUCAAUGAGAUCACCAUCAGUGGCAGAUGUGAGUGUCACGGCCAUGCAGACCACUGCGAUACCAGUGUCACACCUUAUCGCUGUCUGUGUCUGCCUGAGAGCCACACAGAGGGAAACAAUUGUCAGCGUUGUUCGCCCCUCUACAAUGACAAGCCAUUCAGGUCAGGUGGCCAGCUUCAGCCUAUGAACUGCCGGCCUUGCCACUGUAACGGCCACGCUCUCUCCUGUCAUUAUGAUGUCCAAGCUGAUGACCAACCAGAUGAGCACUAUCGAGGAGGGGGAGGUGUCUGUGACAACUGCAUGCACAACACCACAGGUAAGAACUGUGAGCUGUGUAUAAGUGGGUUUUUCAGGCUUGAGGAAUCUGAUCCCACUUCAGCUGAUGUGUGUCGGCCAUGUAGCUGUCACACUGCUGGGACGGUCAAUGGCAGCAUGGCGUGUGCACAGGUAGGGGGUCAGUGCCAGUGCAAGGCUGCAGUAACAGGCCGUCGCUGCGCGGACUGUUUGCCUGGUUGGUACGGUCUUAAAGCAUCAAAUCCAAAUGGCUGCAUCCGCUGCAACUGCAGUGACAUUGGUGUCAUCAGCACGUCGACAGAAGCAGUUUCCACCUGCAACCAGGACACGGGACAGUGCCGGUGUAAACCCCAUGUCACAGGUCUUUCUUGUGACCGCUGUGAGUUUGGUUAUUGGAACCUGUCCCACCCAGACGGCUGUGUCCCAUGUGACUGCGACCCCAUGGGCUCCCUCAGCCAAUUCUGCGAGCCUGAGGGGGGGCAGUGUGAGUGUAAGCCUGGGGUAGGUGGCCAGCGCUGUGACUCAUGUGGCAGCGGUUCAUAUGGCUUGAGACUGGAGGGAUCUUGUGCUCCCUGCAACUGCUCACAAGAGGGUACAGUACCUGGAACAGACUGUGAUCCUCACACAGGACAGUGUGUGUGUAAGAAACAUGUGGAAGGCCACCGCUGUGACUCUUGUCUUCGUGGUUACCACACCCUAGAGCAUCGAAACUCCCUGGGUUGUCUGCCGUGUGCGUGUGACAUCAGUGGCACUCUGCCAGAGGGUGCAUGUGAUAUGCAGACCGGACAGUGCCCGUGCCGAGAGGGGGUGGAGGGAGCACAGUGCACCAACUGUGCCCACAACUACUACAACAGGAGUUCAGACCUCCAGAAGGGCUUGUCCCAGGGCUGUGUACCGUGUGUCUGCGACCCCAGAGGAACAGUGGCAGGGACCAUCUGUGACAGCACUACAGGGCAGUGUGUUUGCAUCCCUACUCGCUACGGACAGGACUGCAGUAGGUGCCGACCCGGCUUCUACCUCUCUCCAGAUCAGAGCAUGUGUGCAGAGUGUGACUGCCAUCCUAUGGGAGCAUCACAGCGUGGUUGUGAGAGCCAGACUGGACAGUGUGUGUGUGCCCAUCCCUCGGUGGGAGGGCGACGCUGUGACCAGUGUCGUGAGAUGUUCUUUGGAUUCAACCCUGGUCUGGGCAGAUGCCAGCCUUGUGCAUGCGACCCCAUGGGCAGUCUCAAUGGUUCGUGUCAUCCAGACUCAGGGGUGUGCGUGUGUAAGCUGCUGGUAACUGGAGACAAGUGCGAUGUAUGUCAACCUGGAGCGAGUCAUUUUGAGCCUGGGAACCACUUUGGCUGCACUAAAGCACCCUCUCAGCAGCCUGCACCAGUAGGUUUUGCUCUCAAUUAUUCUUCCAUUCAUCUGUCCUGGCAUCCGCCUGACUCCCCAAAUUCAAACAGACUCAACUACACACUAAUCAGAGAUGGACAGUCAGUGCAUAGCAUCCAAAGUCACUAUCCUUUCAGCCCAGAAUCAUUUGAGGACUCCGGUUUGUCUCCCUACACCAACUACUCUUAUUGGCUCAUAACAGCUAAUGUGGCUGGUGUGACAAUAAGUGCAUCAGCCUCAUACCAAACCUUAGGUGCACCACCUGAAGCAGAUCAGCUCCAUUUAAACCUUGUGGGACGACCGGGUCCAACCACAGCUAGCUUUAUCUGGAGUACACCACCAAAUGACACUGGCCCAGUGGAAAGGUUUGUGUUAUCCUCCACUGAGUCAUCUAGCACAGAGCCCAUCAUUCACUACACAGGUUUAUCUACAGAGGCUGUGGCAAGUGGCCUAAAGCCCUUCACCCAAUACACUGUAAUACUGGAGGCAUGCUCUUCUGGGGGGUGCACUUCUACCCCACCACUGUCUCUUCUGACAGCCUCUGCCCCGCCACAAAACCAGCCUCCACCCAGAGUCACUGCUACAGGACCUCAUACACUUCAUGCUUCCUGGGAGCCCCCUAGUCAGCCAAAUGGUGUUAUCACAAGGUAUGAGGUCUUUCUACGUGGACCAAUGGAAUUGCAAAACCUUUCAAGUGUGGCAGUUGAGAAGAAAGUGUUCCUCAGCUCUGGUUGGCUGGAUCCAAGUGUUUCCCCAGAAACACAGCUUACCAACAGGAGUGCACUGUCACCCCCUGAGAACAGUACGAUUGUAGCAGGUCUGCAAGCGUUUUCCACUUAUCAGAUGCGAGUUGAAAGCAUCAAUGUGGCUGGAAGAGUCACAUCAGGAUGGACCACAGCACGCACCAUGGAGGGAGUCCCAGAGCUGAUGGCUCCUCCAGAAGUGUCUGCACUGACAUCCACCAGUCUCAAAGUUUUGUGGAGCUCUGCUGAGGGUCAAGGGGUGAUUGCCAGAGGACAGGUGACAGAAUAUCGGGUUAACUUGCUCACAGAGCAGACCAGCAAUCCCUAUGCUCCUCCAGUGGUUAGUCAGGUCUUGCAUAGGGUGGGGCCAUCGUCACAGCCUGUUUAUAUAGUGAAAGGACUGAAGCCUUUCCAUGAGUACAACUUUACUGUUACACUCUGCACAAAGACAGGUUGUGUUACCAGUCUGCCAAGCACAGGACGGACCCUGCCAGCAGCUCCAACUGGACUGUCUCCACCUCAAUUAUAUCCAAUAAAUGACACCACCAUUCAGAUAGACUGGGAUCCUCCACUUGAACUCAAUGGACCACAUCCACUGUAUCAGGUGGAGAGGACAGAUGUCUCCCUGUCUGACCCAGAAGGUCCUGUUGUCAGAGGAACCAGAUUCCCUGGAAACAGUUACUACCAGUUUCCCAGUGAUACUCUUCCUGUCAACACUGACUUCACAGGUAUCGAGUUGACUUUCAGGACUCGGUCACCAGACGGUCUGCUGCUUUGUGCCUUUUCUCCUGGAAAUCAGGAAGAGUUCCUGGCUGUUCAGAUAAAAAAUGGACGCCCUUACUUUUUGUUUGACCCACAGGGCUCAGUGGUGGCUGUGAGUGUACAGGGUGAUGGAGGGCGACGCUACAAUGAUGGACAGUGGCACAGCAUCACAGCAACAAGGCGAGGGGCCGUGGGAACAAUCGUUGUAAACAAUCAAUAUAGAGGAAGUGCAGCAGCUUCCAGUGGCAGCACAAUUAUUGGUGAGAACAUGGGGGUGUUCAUUGGAGGACUUCCUGAAGACUUUACUCUGCUAAGAAAGGAUUCGGGUGAUGCCCAGCUGGUGCGCCGGAGUUUCUCUGGUUGCCUCAGAGAUGUGAGUUUUAAGAUGACUGACAGUGUCUCAGAUGAAUGGAUACCAUUGGACUGGGCAAAAGCCAUAAAGAAGGAGGCGGUGUAUGAAAACUGGGAAGGAUGUCCUAUUCAGACUGUGGAUGGAGCCCAUUUUCUGGGUCAUGGUUACUUGGAGCUGGGCAGAGACGUAUUCAGUGGAGGAAAGGACUUUGACAUUUCUAUGGAUUUCAGAACAGACCAGCUCAAUGCACUUUUGCUCUUUACAUACAACACACAAACUGAAGACUACAUGUUGGUGGAGCUGGAGGCUGGUCUCCUGUCCUUCAUCCUUGCCUCUGAAGGUCAUGUGACUGAACUCAGCAUGUGGGCGGGGCUUAGCUACUGCGAUGGAGACUGGAAACAGUUGUCGUUGGCAAAACGCGGCCCACUCAUCUCUGCUGCAGUCAAUGACUGGGCAGAGGAGACAAGGGGAGUGGGAGGAGCAGUGACGCUGAGAGUUGAUUCCCCCUUAUACUUGGGGGGCGUGCCCAUGGAGCUUGCACAUCCUGCUCUGGACAGCCAAAGCCACAAACACGGCCUAGGAGGUUGCAUAAGGGGUCUUACCAUACGAAAUGAUGAAAGAACCCCUCCUGCCAGUAAAAGUGUAAAUCUCUUUGUUGCCUCCCGCCGUUCUGUUAGAGUCUACUUAGAUGGCUGCCCCACCACUGAGAGCCGGUACAACUGCAGAGGAAACGACUCAGUGUUGGUGUACAGUGGGAGGAGGACACAGGUCACAGAUUCUAGCCUACAGCCUUUCACUGAGUACCUGUACAGGUUUGUGGCCUUGGCUGCAGGAGGUUGGGCAUCAGGACCUUGGCAGAGAGGACGGAGCAGAGGUAGAGUACCAAGGCAUGUGCCACCUCCCACCUCAGUGCAGAGCUUGAAUGGCUUCAGUGCCAGGGUGAGCUGGGUGCCACCCACUGGUGACAUCAGAGGGCUGAUUGACAGAUAUGAGUUGAAAGCCUACAAUAGUGACCAGCCAGAAGCCCCACCUAUCAAGGCUGUGUACUUGGCUAAUGGAAACUUUACAGGUGUGUUGUCGGGUCUCACUCCAUCCACUCGAUACAUUGUCACUGUAAGUGCCUGUAGUCCUGUUGGUUGCACUGAGAGUCGUCGUCAUGACAGUGGUGAUGAUAAUGAUUUAAGAUCGAGCCUCACAACCCCGGAGGAAGUUCCAGAUGCUGUCUCUCCUCCAGCUGCAGUCUCAUCCCCCUCAGCUCUCUAUGUAACUUGGGAACCGCCAGCAAGGCCCAAUGGAGACAUUACAGAAUACCUCCUCUAUCGCAACAACCAAAUGGUCUACAGGGGGAAAGACAGACAACACAACAUCACUGGUCUUGGUGUGUACUCCACUCAUGUUCUGCUGCUGAGUGCAUGCACUUCAGUGGGCUGCACCAACAGUUCACAAGUUACAGUGGUGACCUCUCAGCUUCCUCCUGGGCCUCUACAAGCACCAAAUCUUACCUUGUUAGACUCGCGGACUCUUCUGGUGGAGUGGUCCCGGCCCUCUCAGGUCAAUGGCGCUUUAGAGUUCUAUUCCAUCUUCCUGUCGCGUGAUGGUGCACGGCCUGUACUCGUUUAUAACACCUCAGAACUUUUUGAAGACCACACACUUCGCAACCUAACCCCUGGAACAACUUACUCCAUCACAGUGGCUGCUUGCACCGGUGGUGGGUGUACCUUAAGCCCUUCCAGCCAUGCUCAGACUGAGGAGAGCACCCCGGAGAAUGUUCCUGCACCACUGGUCACCCCCUUGUCCCCAUAUGCACUCAAUGUCAGCUGGACACCUCCUGACACGCCUAACGGUAUUAUAACCAGCUAUGGCCUCUGGUUGGACGGAGUUCUCAUUUUAAACUCCAGUUCCUCCCAGAGGUUUGUCGAGGUGGAGGGCCUCUCUCCGUGGAGCCGACACAUACUCAGGCUGCAGGCCUGUACUGCUCAGGGCUGCGGCAAGGGGCCAAUGGUGGAGAUGCGGACUUUAGAGAUGGCCCCAGAUGGCCCUAUACUGCUGGAACUGACCAAUCAGAGCUCUCGAUCAGUCCGAGCCCGCUGGAUGGCCCCUCCUAGACCAAAUGGGAACAUUAGCUAUACACUGUACCACAAAAGCAUAGAUGGUGAUGGUGUGUUAGAUGGAGGUAUGGCAGCCGGGAGCUGGUUGUCUGUGACUGACCUACAGCCUUACACCAACUACAGCUUCUGGAUCAGAGGGUGUAACACACAGGGUUGUGUUGAGAGCCUGCCACUCAACGUUACUACACCCCCAGCAGCCCCAGAUGGGUUGUCACCUCCGACGGUGGCACAUGUAGCUCGUUCGAGUCUGAAUGUAUCCUGGCAUCCUCCUGCUCACUCCAAUGCGCCAGGCCCACUCCGCUACACCCUGCAAAUGAGGACAUCUCCACAGAGGCCAGUGAUAAGGCUCUUGGAAAACGCAACAGACAUCUUUUCCUAUCAUGUAGAGGGCCUGUUGCCAUUCACACAAUACCUGUUUAGAGUGGUGGUUUCACACGCACAUGGGCAGACCGCUGGACCUUGGGCAACCUUACGCACUGCAGAGGACAGUCCAGGACCAGUGGAUAGCCCGACUAUAUCAGGGCUUCAUCCACGAAGUGUGACCGUUACCUGGGAUCCUCCCUCAGAACCAAAUGGUGUUAUCACCAACUAUACCCUCUAUCUGUGGCCCAGCUCUGUGUCUCAUUUAGAUUUCAAACCCAGCUCAGUCUCCAGCACGACCCUCAGCUCCAGUUUUGGUCCUACCCUAAGCCUGUUGCCCAGCACUGAGGGUACAUAUCUCAGCGCAGGUCCUACCUUCAGGCCAACAUCCAGACUCAUCUCCCCUGGCUCAAGCCACAUCUCUAUGUCUACUUCCAUUACAGGCACUAAUGGCAGUUCAAGCACAAUCCAUGGCACUAGGCCUAUUAUCGCAGAAGACAACCAUAUCGAGUCCACGCGUGUAAGCAGCACAAGCCAAGGCCCUACUUCCAUUUCAGCCCACUCCACUGACUCUAGUACCACCAGUGUAAACCCAAGCCCCAACCUUUUGCUGUAUAACCAAGAGAACAAUGCAACCAGCUCUAAUGCUGAGCAUUUUACAAAACAAGACCCUUUCCACAGCCCCAUAUCCAGCUCCCUUAGUGCAGCAUCAGAUAUAGGUUCAUCCCCUCUGUCAGUCACUGUUCUAGGGAAUUCCACUAGCUACACUUUCCUCGAUCUACUGCCAUACCAGACCUACAGCCUCCAGGUGGAAGCAUGCACUAGUGUGGGCUGCUCACUCUCUGGGAUGUCUCAGCAUUUUCGUACCCUCCCAGCUCCCCCAGAAGGGGUUCCCGCACCUCACCUUUACUCUGACACACCCACCUCUGUUCUCCUGUCCUGGGGUGCACCAGACUGGAGCAAUGGACCAUUGGAUCGGUGGCUGAUUGAACGUAGAGUUGCUGGGACCAAACAAAUCUCCACAGUUGGCCAUCUACCGCCAAACUCUCCACCCCUUUCCUUCCUGGACUCUUCAUCAGCUCUCAGCCCUUGGACUACCUACGAGUAUAGACUUGUGCUCCAUAAUCAGGCUGGCAACACCACAGGACCCUGGGUCAGCAUCACCACCAGACCUUCUCGGCCAGCUGGUCUCAGUCCACCGAGGGUGAAGGUUUUAGGGUCAGAGUCCAUUCAAGUCACAUGGUCUCCUCCUCUUAUUCCUAAUGGAGAAAUUCAUGGCUAUGAGAUCCGCCUCCCAGAACCCAGAAUCUUCCAUGACAGCGGCAAUGCGUCUGAGCUCAAUGUCACAGUAACAGACCUCAUUCCAUACACAGACUACAGUGUUACUGUGUUGGCGUGUUCCGAGGGCGGUGGACAUGUUGGAGGAUGCACAGAAAGCUUGUCUACUCCAGCUACCACGUUACCUGCAAGCCCUCAAGGCCUUGCACCACUGUCAGUAGUGGCAGUCAGUGAGUCUUUUCUGGCCAUAUCCUGGCAGCCACCAAGCAGGCCCAAUGGACCUAACAUCAGAUACAAGUUGCUCAGACGUAAAACCCACCAGCCCCUGGCCAUCGCCACAGUCCCAACAGUAACAACCACGUCCCCUCCCCCCUCUGAAGAUCUCCAUCGCUGGCUCCAUGUUUACUCCGGCACCAAAUUGUUCUACCAAGAUAAAGGCCUAAGCAGAUUCACCCGUUACGAGUACCAGUUAGUGGUCCAUAAUGAUGUGGGCUUCUCCUCAGGAGAGAUUGUUACUGCGGUGACCAUGGCGGGGGUUCCCCUCCACCCUCCAUCUCUCUCAGCCUGUGCUAUCAAUCACACAGCAGUGCAGGUCAACUGGACACAACCCUCUUUGCAAGACCUGCAGGGAGAGGUGGAAUCUUACUUUCUGAAAAUAGAGUCUCCCAAGUCAAGUCAAAUCUUGGUUUUACCCCCUGAGAUCAACUCCACAGUGAUUAGUGACCUUUGGCCCAGUGCCACAUAUACGGUGUCAUUACAAGUGUCCAACGGAGCACAUAAUACGACCAAGGCAAUAGUUAAUGUCACCACAGAGGAUGGAGAGCCAGACGGGAUGUCCGCCCCAGAGGUGGUUCCAGUAGACAGCAACACAGUACGUGUGCUCUGGCUCCCUCCUCUACAGCCCAAUGGAGCAAUUACUGGUUACUACAUCUACGUUAAUGACCGUCUCCAUGGCAGUGUAGACAACAGCUCAGGGUCUUACCUGCUGCGAGACCUUCUGCCUUUUACUGUCUACAACGUACAGGUACAGGUGUGUACGGUGUAUGCAUGCGUGAGAAGUAAUGUCACUCAGACAACUACUGUGGAGGACCUGCCUGCUGACCUGGGCACGCCGCUCGCACAAGUCAUCAGUCCCAGAAUGGUGAGGUUGGACUGGUCGCAUCCAGGCAGGCCCAAUGGCAUCAUGCUGGGUUAUGAGGUUUUAAGACGGACCCUGAGGUCAUGUGCCAAUGGGCCAACAGGGGCCACAACCUCUGUCGAGGAAGAGUCAGAGGGUGCAGUUGGUUUAAGGUUCAGAUGUUCCUACCUGCAGUGUCCUGCGAGUCAUGGUGUGUGUGGGACAUCCUGCUUCAGUCCUGACAUACAGGUUUGCUGCAGUGGACUUUUGUACACCAAAAAACCACAUCAUCAUUGCUGUGACAGCAGUUACCUGAGUUUGAGUAAUUCCUCCAACCCAGUCUGCUGCAAUGGCAAACUGCUUCCGGCUCUCCCCGACCACCAGUGCUGUGGAGGAUACUACGUUCAUGUAAAAACCAAUGAAUACUGCUGUCCUGACCACUCACAGGGCCGGGUCUCAGUGGGGCUGGGUGACAGCUGCUGUGGGGGGGUUCCUUACGCGGUGAAAGGUGGCCAGCUCUGCUGUGGUAGGAGCCUGCAUGAUGGCUAUGGGGUCCAGUGCUGUGGAGGCCGGAUGGUGGAUGAUACACUGGUGUGCUGUGGUGAUGCAGAGAGGGGGGAAGUGCACACAUAUACCCCAGGUUUUAUCUGCUGUGAUCAGGACUACAUAAACUCUUCAACCUCUCUUUGCUGUGUGGGCAAAGAUGGACAUCCCACAAUGCACCCUGCUGGAAAUGCCACAGUGACACUGCAGUGCUGUGGGUCGAAGGUCAUACAUCAGGAAGAAGAAUGCUGUAACGGGAUUGGCUAUGACCCUCAACGACACGUGUGCGCUGAUCGACCCACACCCGGCUUGUCAAUACAGCACCAGUGUCUGCAGGGCGCUGUGUGUCCCAUAGCUGCAGCAUCUACCGCUUAUUGUGGCUCCUGUGACCUCGAUCCAUCUAUGACUGCCUGCACAUGGGUCCUGUCUGCAGACACCCACCCUGACACGCCCCCCACAAUAUACUCACCUACUUUCAACACCACACAAGAAGCACUCACCGCGGGCCCGUUUACAGAUUACAGAAGUGAUAACCCAUACAAAAUGGCAUACAUAUACAAUCACACACACACACAGAACAUACAAUAUGACAGAAACCUGUGCCCAUCCCAUGAGGAGGUUGUGUACAGUGGAGAUGCCAGAGGAUAUACCUAUACAGAUUCCAAACUGGCGCCCUUCACCACCUAUCAGUAUAGAGUGAGGGGUUGGAACAGUUUUGGACGAGGAGCCAGUGAUGUCAUAACAGUGACCACCAGUGAAGACAAACCAUGGGGAGUGGCACCGCCCCGCUGGAGCCGCCUUGGUGAACGAGAUGACAUCAUCCAGUUGCAAUGGCAAGCACCUGCCAGACCUAAUGGGGACAUCACCCACUAUGUUAUACUGCGGGAUGGACAAGAGCGUUACCGUGGUGAUGAAAACAGUUUCACUGAUGUAGGUGGGAUCAGGCCUUUACAGGAAUAUAGCUAUCAGCUGAGGGUCUGUAACCGGGCUGGUUGUGCUGACAGUACACAGGUGGUGGCAGUCACAGUCCAGGGUGUCCCAGAGGGUGUGCAGCCUCCAUUGGUGACAGCUUUAAGUCCCUCCUCCCUCCACGUGAGCUGGUCUGAACCUACUAGUCCCAAUGGAGUCAUACAGUGGUACCACCUGAACCAGACAGGUGUUGGAACCAUACUUACACACACUGAUGGACCCAGAAAUUACACUGUGACUGGUUUGCAGCCAUACACAGACUACAGUUUUGUGCUGGUGGCCUGUACGGCUGUUGGAUGUGGAGCCAGCUCACCUUCUACAAGACGCACCCUGCAAGCCAUCCCUGCUGGUGUAUGGUCAUGGCCCAGACACCUGAUAAUAAACACAUCUGCAGUGGAGCUGUACUGGGAUCAGCCAUCCCAGCCUAAUGGACACAUCUCCCAGUACAGACUGAACAGAGACGGUCACACUAUUUUUACCGGAGACCACCGUGACCAGAAUUAUACUGACACUGGACUCCUGCCAAACCGCAGGUAUGUUUACAAGCUGGAGGCCACUACUGAGGGUGGGACUGGUGUGAGUGACAAAUAUGUUAUACAAACUCCAGCUUCAUGCCCCACUGGAAUCCCACCUCCCCGGAAUGUGACCGUGUCAGGCCCUCACUCCAUCUCUCUGGCCUGGAACCCCCCUGUUCAGCUCAACAGCAGGCAGCCUGUAAACUACAACAUCCUGUUUAAUCCAGGAAGUGACAGAGCGAUAAUGCAUCGUGCCGAGCAAGAUCUGCACCUCACUGUGACUGGUCUAGAGCCAUUCACCGCCUACUACAUCAGAGUGCAGGCCUGUCAGACUGAGGGGUGUGGGGUAGGAGAGGGUGUUUCAGUUCAGACUUUAGAGGCUGCCCCAGAAGGUCUGCCACCCCCUACAGUAAAGGCUGCUGGAGCCAAUGUCCUGGAGGUCCACUGGUCCCCGCCCCAAAAACCUAACGGAGUCAUCACCUCCUACCAUAUAUACAGGCGUCCAGUAGGAACAGAGGAGAAGCUGCUGGUUUUCAUCUGGUCCACGGGGCCAUUUGAAUUUUUUGAUGCGAGCCCUGCCCUGCAGCCCUUCAGCUACUUCCAGUACAGGGUCAAAGCCCACAACUCCAAGGGCUCUGUUCUGAGCCCGUGGGCUUUAGCCCAAACCUUACAGGCAGAACCACAAGAUAUGGCCCCUCCCACGGCCACACCCACUGGUGCGUACUCAGUCCAUCUGAAAUGGAGUGAACCGGGGCGGCCCAAUGGUCUAAUUUCCCAUUAUAGGCUGGUUUACAAGAAGCACCAACAGGACCCAACGCUCAACUCAACUGCUGUUACUGCUCUCACUGUGGAGGGUUCAGUCUUCGAAGCAACAGUCUAUGGUCUUGAACCAUACAGUCAGUAUAGUCUGCGAGUUGAAGCUGUUAACGCGGCAGGCAGUGUGUCCAGUCCAUGGGUAGGCAUUAGGACCCUGGAGGCUUCUCCAGCCGGCCUGGCUAACUUCACAGUGGAGCAGAGAGAGCAGGGCCGGGCACUGCUGCUCAGCUGGGAUCAGCCACUUGUUCCAAAUGGAGUCAUCACGAUGUAUAACUUAUACAGUGAGGGGAACCUGGAGUUCAGCGGUCUAUCUCGCAACUUCCUGUUUCGUCGUUUGGAACCAUGGACUGUUUAUACUUUGACUCUUGAAGCUUGUACCUCAAGAGGAUGCACACGCAGCCCUCCUCAGCAUAUUACCACUGCAGCAGCUCCACCUGCUUCUCAACCUCCUCCCAGGCCUCUCUUCAUUGGCCCAGAUCGUGUCUCACUUAGGUGGGGACCUCCUGCCCAGCCCAAUGGGCCAAUUGGAGAGUAUUUCUUACUAGGGAGAAGUCUAGAAGAAGUGGGGAGGGGAAGAAAUAAUGAAGAGGAUAUUGAAAGGGGAAAGGUGCUCUUCAGAGAAUCAUCCCCACAACAAACUGACACCAUCUCCUAUACGGUGACUGGUUUGCGUCCCUGGACUCAGUAUGAGUUCAGUGUCCGUACUCACAACCCGGCUGGACACACCAGCAGCCACUGGGUAACUGUAACAACCAGACAGGCCCCUCCUCGUGGCCUAGCCCCUCCAACAGUGAGUCACCUACACGGCCGGCCCAGUGAGGUGUUGAUCUCUUGGACACCUCCUUUGGAGCCCAAUGGGGUACUUCAGUCUUACAGGAUUCAGAGAAACAAUGUCAGUUUCUCAUUUAGUUUUGACCCCACUGUCCUCAGCUACACUGAUGAGGACCUCCUGCCUUUUACAACAUACAGCUAUGCAGUCAUAGCCUGUACAUCUGAGGGGUGCAUCAUCAGCUCUCAUACAAACAUCACAACCUUAGAGGCUCCACCUGCCACAGUGGAAGCUCCCACAGUGGUCACCAUCACAUCCAACAGUAUAAACAUCUCCUGGAGUAAACCACCAACACAGAAUGGAGAGGUUACAGAAUAUGUGCUGAAACUAAACAACAAAGAAGUUUAUCGCGGGAGAGACCAAAAUGCAGUGCUGUCAGAUCUGCGGCCUCACACAUCAUAUCAACUGGUUCUGUUGGCUUGUACCAGUGGUGGGUGCACCACCAGCACCACAGUGUCAGCCAUAACUGAGGAGGCUCCUCCCACUGGCCUGCCUGCCCCAACUCUGAAGGUUACUGGCCCAGAGUCUGUGGAGAUUACCUGGAGACCACCAGAGCACCCUAAUGGCAUCAUAACAGGAUACGAACUCUUCAGAGAUGGUGAAGUUAUCUAUGUCGGCGCAGAGAGACAUUAUCACGACUUCACACUGUUGCCAAACGUGGAAUACAGCUACAUUAUCAGGGCCAACAACAGCAGAGGAGCAGUGAGCAGCGCCACAGCCUCAGCAAAGACUCACCCAUCAGCUCCUUCUGGUGUCGGUCUCCCUACACUGACACCUCUGGGACCAAACCAGGUGAGAGUGGAGUGGAGUUCCCCAGCCCGUCCCAAUGGAGACAUUGUGAGUUACACUGUGUAUCAGAGAGAUCCAGUCCAGCUCAGCAUCACCAGCACUGUUUUCACUCCAAAGGACAGUGCCUUCUCUGACCGACACACCACUCUGCAUGGACUGACUCCUUACCACAGGUAUGAGGUAAGGGUGGAGGCUUGCACAGCACUGGGUUGCUCCUCCAGUGACUGGUCACCUAUACUCACUCUAGAGGCUCCCCCUGCUGGACAGACAGCGCCACUGUUAGACCUGCAGCCCGACAAACGCACCGGCCUGCAGACCACCUUUCUGCUCACCUGGUCCCCUCCAGCUCAGCCAAAUGGUAGAGUCCUGCAUUAUGAAGUGCACCGCAGGCUGGACCCUACCACUGAUAUGCACAGGAAUGAUGCAGCAACACUUGUCUACAGGAAUGUCUCCACAGCAUACGAAGAUGAAGGACUCCAGCCAUACACUCUAUACCAGUAUCAGGUGUGGGCUGUGAAUUUGGCCGGUCGUGCUGGCAGUCCGUGGGCCAGUGGGAGGACAGGACCUGCCCCACCUGAGGGCGUAGGCCCACCAGUUUUCCUGCGUGUUUCAGCAACCUCAGCAGUAGUGGACAUCCAUCCUCCAGCUCGAUCCAAUGGGAUUGUUAGUCUUUACAGAGUGUUCUCACUGCACCACAACAACCACACUCUGCUCUCAGAGGGAACAUCCCAUCAACAGACACUCCAUGGUUUACGUCCUUACACCCAGUACUGGGUAGGAGUAGAAGCCUGCACCUGUUAUCAGUGCUGUAGCCAGGGUCCAGUGAGUGAGCUCCACACCAUGGCUGCACCCCCAGCACACCAGCCCCCUCCUCGUCCUGUCACCCUGACCUCCCGCUCUGUUCAGUUGGACUGGGAUGAGCCUCUGGCACCUAAUGGAGUGAUUGAAAGCUGUGAGCUACAUCUCAGAUCAGCUUGCCCACAGCCCCCUCAGCCUAUACCCCUCCCUUGUGUUGAGGGACCAGCUGAAAUCUGUUUCUUUGGCAAAAGGCGAAGCUACAAUGUGACAGGUCUCCAACCAUAUUCCACCUAUGAGCUGAGAGCUGCCUGCUUCAACAACAUGGGCAGCACUGCCUCCAACUGGACAACUGUUACUACACUCAGUGAAGCCCCCCAAUAUGUGUCUCCUUUCUCAGUGGGCAGUAAUCUGACAGUCAUUUGGCUGGACUGGGCAGGGUCCUUUUCCCUCAACGGAUACCUGAAGGAGUAUAGUGUGACUGAGAGCCAGCUGAGGGUCUAUACUGGCUUCUACAGCUAUCUCCAUAUUCCACGCACCUCACAGAAAACUCUGUCAUUGCAGGUGACUUGUACCACAAACAGUGGCAGCGCCAGUACACCCACCAUCAGAUACAGCCCUGCCACAGGCCUGGGUCCUCCUGAGCCUGAGGACAGUGAUAUACAGGGCGUCAGCAUGUCAGCAACCCCUGUUUACUCUGAGCUUUGGUUCAUCCUGCUGUUAGCACUGCUGGGUCUAUUUCUGCUAGCAAUACUGCUGGGCCUAGUGCUACAAAGAGCUCUGAGGAAGAAUCCAUCAGCCAGAGAGCGCCCUCCGCUGGUCAUGCUUCAGAAGACAAGAAAGACCGGUGGAGAGACAUACGUGUUUGACACUGUAGCAGACUGUGUUGAGAUCAGCAACGUUAUACUUAAAAGCUACACUAUGUACACUGAGGGUUUGACAGACACAAAGAUAGUCGGCAGCAGUGCACGGUUCAGCCCCAUGUCUGUCUUGCGAGUCCCAAGCCAAACAGACCUCAGUCAAGUCUACUCCCAGCAUUCCUUGCACCGCAGUGUCAGUCAGCUGAUUGACAGGAAGUCACUGAUGAUGGAGGAAGGAAGCUGGGACAACCCACUGGGACAUGAUUCUGGGCUGUAUGUGGAGGAAGAUGAGUUUGUGGACGCCAUCAAGGCUUUAAGCUCUGCAAAAAAGGAACACACCAUGUUCACUGACACUCAUCUUUAAGACAAGAGCCCCAGUCUAAUCAAGCAUCAACAGUCACAAGUCAAACUUAGUUUAAAACCCAGACAGUAAAACAUUCAAAUGUUAUUCAGUGUUAGAUGAGGACGAACAAGACUUCUAACAGGACUGGGAAGUCUCAAAAAAAAAAAAAAAAGAUAUAUAUGCUUGUGAUGCACUAGGAGAGUAUUAAUAAUGUUUUGCUGAUAUGACUUAGAGCUCACUGAAUUGAAUGUUCUGGAUGUAGUAUGAUUCACUGUCUCUGCUUGCCAAUAGUUAGUAGUGUAGUCAUUUAAGAAAAUGCAACAAGAUCAACAGUAGCGGGUUAACUUCUCACUAUUAAGAAUCAAACCAGUCUAGAAAACAAUUAAUGUCUAAUGUCUAAAGUUUUCAGUCACCUCCUCUGUUUCAACAAGCUGUUGUGCCUAGUAAGCUUAAACAUUAUCAGCAGCAAUCGUCCUUUAGUCGUAAGACAAAUGGCCUUGGUGUUAGUUUUAUGAUAAAAAAUGCCAAUUGUUUUUUAUUUUUAAUGUUUUAACUGUGGCUGGGAAUCACUGAUGUGCCGUCUGAUUGUCGUGAUUAUGUGAUGUAACUUGAAAGCCCAACCUGAGAUUUUACUGAUCGUAUCAGUUGUGGACAGUUUACAUUUACAUUGGCAUAAUGAAAUUAAGCUUUGCUCGGCUGUAGUUAAGUUAAAUGUGUGAGCUUAGUUGUCAGUGGACUACAGAGUCAGUGUAGUUUGUCUGUGGCCCUACAGUCUUUUCCAUCCUUCUGUCAUGAACACAAUCAGCUUAAGAAGUGAAAAUAAAUCUCUGCAAUGUCCUGUUUUGUGGCAGGAAUGAAACAUUGUUUAUAUUUUGAUUCCACAGGUUGGCGCUUUAAUUUUUAGAGCGAGCUGCAGUAUUUAUCAGGGCAGGAUGUUGAAUUCCUGGGUAAUGUUGAUGGGUUGUCAUGUUUUUUGUGUAAAAAAUUGAAGCCUACUGUAUUGUUCUGAAACUUUUUUCUUUGUUACACUGGCAGUAUUAUUUAUGGAUGUUGUACAAAAAGUGUUAUUUAUAGAUGAUUCAUGAUUCAAUGUUUGUGUUUUUCUGGGAAAAUAUAAAUAAUGGCCAAUGGUCAAGAUUA